AAUCAACUUCACAAGAGUUGAUAAAAGCAAUCAAAGAAAUACAACAAAGUUCUGAAGAAAGAUUUGAACAAACCUUAGAGUUAGCAAAGAAAAUUGCACUCAAGAAAGCAGAAAUAUACAAAGAAUCUGCCAAAGAAAUUUAUGAAUCAAUCAAAACUCAUCUAGAAGCAAUCUUACGAGAAGGAAAAGAAGAUCAACAACAGUCAUACCAAGACUUGAUUAACAAAAUAUCAAAAACAGAUAAAACAAAGAAAGAACACGAAGAAUAUCUUAUAACAGAGAUAAAAAGUUCUGAAGAUAGAAAAGAACAAAUUAUAGAAUUAAUAAAAUACUUCUUUCACCAAGCAUCAAAAAAAACAUUUGAAGAAUCAAUUGACGAAUUAAAAGAAACAGUUUUAGAUCAAUUAAAAGAAAAAGAAUCCUUUGAAGAAAGCAUAACAUUUGAUAGAAAUCACUUAGUAGCUAAAGAACAUACCUGGAGAGA